GUGGCCCUUUUGCCUGGAAACUGACGUAUGUACAAUGUGCGGGCGGGGGGACUUCAGCCUUUAUAACAUCUCGAGCCUUCUCAAUCUUUUUCACAGACGGUGGUCUGUCUGUCAGACUCGGCUUGCUUCAUCUUUCAAUCUCCCUCACUUUUCUCUCCCCCUUUCACAUUGUUGGAUUAUUUAGACUAUCUAGAUCAGUAAACAUGGCAACGCUGAGAGCUCUGAGAAAAUUAUGCCAGCAAUCGCAGCAUCAAGUGUGUAGUCUACAUAUGUCAGCAUCAAGACAGGAAGCAGUGGUCAUCUCAGGCAGGAAGUUGGCCCGUCAGAUCCGGGAGGAGGCCAGGGCCGAUGUUGAACAGUGGGUCUCCACUGGCAAUCGGAGACCCCACCUGAGCGUGGUCCUUGUAGGAGAUCAUGCAGCCAGUCACUCUUACGUCCUGAAUAAGACCCGAGCUGCAGCUGAUGUUGGUAUCAGCAGUGAGACCAUCCUGAAGCCCUCCUGUAUCUCUGAGGAUGAACUCAUGGACCUGAUCUACAAACUCAACACAGACCACCGGGUGGACGGCCUGCUGGUGCAGCUGCCUCUGCCAGAACACAUUGAUGAGCGGCGCGUCUGUAAUGCUGUGUUCCCUGGCAAGGAUGUGGAUGGCUUCCACGUGGUCAAUGUAGGCCGCAUGUGCCUGGACCAGUCCACCAUGCUGCCUGCCACUCCCUGGGGAGUCUGGGAAAUCAUCAAACGUACAGGAAUUCCUACCCUUGGGAAGAAUGUUGUGGUGGCGGGACGCUCCAAGAAUGUGGGCAUGCCCAUUGCCAUGUUGCUGCAUUCAGAUGGGCGUCAUGAGAGGCCUGGGGGUGAUGCCACAGUCACCAUCUCUCACCGUUACACACCAAAGGAUCAGCUCCGUCAGCACACAAGAAUUGCAGACAUCGUUGUUGCUGCUGCAGGGAUUCCAAACCUCAUCACUGCAGACAUGAUCAAAGAAGGAGCAGCCGUCAUUGAUGUUGGAAUAAACAGAGUGCAUGACCCUCUGACUGGCAAGGACAGACUUGUAGGGGACGUGGAUUUUGAAGGUGUGAGGCAAAAGGCUAGCUUCAUUACCCCAGUGCCUGGAGGAGUAGGACCCAUGACAGUGGCCAUGCUUAUGAUGAACACCAUCAAGGCAGCUAAGAACCUCCUGCUGACUCCCUCUGAGAGUAUCCGCAUGGUAGCCUCUUCAUAACAGUGACACAUUCCAUUCCAUAACAGCGAACUUCCUUGCACACAGACAUGGAUGGAAACGUGAUAGCUUUAAGGUUGCUGGUACCUUACACUUACAUAACCUCUACCCGCCAUUUCAGAAUGUUACAACUCACCCAUGCAGCUACUACAUAUUUAUUUUUUGCUAGACUUUAUUUUUUCUCAUGUCAUUUUUAUGAGACCUUUUGGUUGUAUGUGAAUUUGAACUACCUGUGUGUUUAUUUAUUUCAAUGCAUUCAUUUAUCGAAUAUGUCAAAAGCAUACAAAAUUGCAAGGGGAACCAGUCAAUUUCAAUUAGCAAAAAAUAGACCCUUACAUAGAUAUACUAUUAAAUGAAUUAUGACAUCCUUAUUCUAUGGGCAGUUUUGUCUAUCUCCCAUCUCUACAAUACCCUUUAGAUCAGGGAUGGGCAACUUUGAUGGGGGUGGGGGCCACAAAUAAAUCUGCUCAUCACGAGGGGCCGCAUUUGAUUGCGAGUCUGCAUACCCACAUCCAACCACCACCAAGAUAAGUUUAGAUUGCUAAAGUUUGUUUAAUGGCCCACUAUCUAAUCAAUUUUAGAUGACGUGGGAUAAUUCACUGACUCUCAGUUACUGACAUAAGAGAACUGCUGAUGCACAACCAAAUUUCAAAAUGUACCUCGUGUAUUCUCAGUGCUUGACUUAGGCAGGAGCUCACCAGAGCUGCGCACUGACACCUUAAGUGUUCUACUGCUUAAGCUCCUGUACCUCUUAGAAUAUUAGCUCAAAAGUAUUGUGGAGCUCCUGCAUCUAAAUAUAAACAGUACCGGCACCCAAAAUGAACCGGCACCUAUUUUAGUCCUAGUCAAACAAUGUGCAUUCUACUAUUCUAACUCGCAACAGUAGAAAAUAAAUAAAAAGCCAUUCCUGCUUUAGGUCACACAAGCACUGUGAGCUAAGAGGGUUAAGGGCUAGUUAUGAAAUGUCAGCAACAAGUCUGUUAAACACCAUAACAUUUACAUUUGUUUUAAAAAAUGCCUUUGUAAAAAUUAUUUUGAAAUAAAAUGUUAUU